AUGUCUGACGGAGCAAAGCUGCAGUGGAGCCUGCUCCUGCUCCUGGUGGUGGGUCAGUGUUGGUUCAUCACAGGUCAGCUUUAUGAGUAUCACUAUAUUGAAGAGAGUAAGAGCUGGACUGAAGCUCAGAAAUACUGCAGAGAAUACUACACUGAUCUGGCCACCAUCUCCAACAUGACAGACUUGGAGAGACUCAACGAAUCAGCAAAGACACGUCAAGAAUCUGCCUGGAUUGGUCUGCGCAGCCGAAAUAAUGCUAAAGGCACCUGGCAGUGGUCUCUGCCUGGUCUGGAGUUCAAUGAAAGUGAGGUAGAAUGGGACGAUGAUGAACCAAACAACAAAGGAGGGAACGAGAAUUGUGGGGCGAUAAGGUAUAACCUGAAGUGGUUAGAUUCGCCCUGUAAUGAGAGGAAGUAUUUCGUCUGCUACGAUGGAAAAACAGAGAGAUUCAUUUUCUUUCGUCAACCUAAGACCUGGUCAGAGGCUCAGAGCCACUGCAGAGAGAAUCAAACAGACCUGGCUAGUGGACCGGAACAGUUACAAGAUCCCCAACUACGUAGUCUAGCCGAGGAAAACAGCAGAAUGUGGUCAGAUGUGUUCAUUGGUCUGUUCAGAGACACCUGGAGCUGGUCGGAUGGGAGCAGUUUCUCUUUCAGACGCUGGAAUAAUCUGGCUGACAUUACGACUGACAGAUGUGCUAUGAUGAAGGAGGACGGGGAGUGGGAAACUGACAAUUGCAACGAAGACAAACCCUUUUUCUGUUACGAUGAUAAAGUGAUCCUGGUCCAACAAAAUCUGACCUGGGAGGAUGCCUUGUACUACUGUAGAGAAAAGCACCGUGACCUGGUCUCCAUCACCGACCUCAAUGACCAGAGAUGGGUCCAAGAGAGAGUCAAGAACGCCACCACUGAAUUUGUCUGGACGGGGCUGCGCUACACCUGCACUCUGGAUUUCUGGUUCUGGGUCGGUGGUGAAGUGGUCACGUACCACAACGUGGACCCGGGUCAGAAGGGGGACAGCUGUGACAUGUCAGGAGCCAUGCAGAGAGCUGGAAAACACAAGUGGUUCAAAAGAAAUGACAUGGAGGAGUUUAACUUCCUCUGUUCUGAGUGGUGAACCCACUGUGACCACUGCUGACAUUCAUUUAUUAGUUCUGAUCUUCAGUUGC